GGGGUCAAUGGGCGAUCAACAAGGCUCAUGGCCUAGGUUGGUGACCUCCAUUGCACUUCGGAGGGGUGCCCGCCUAAGGUCUGCCCAAAGUGGCAGAGCCUACGUCAUAAUUUGUGGCAGCGGGGGCCUGCGUUCGCGCGGCCCCUACAAAUCUAGUUCAACUUUGCCCUAAUCAGGAUGUUAAUUUUAUAAUUAAACCUAUCUUGUAAUUGAUUGUCGGUUGAACUUGUCAAUACUUCUUGCGUAAUCCCUAAGCUAACGUGUAAUUUGUUUCUUUCAAAGUAAGUCAAAAUUUACAGAUCGCGCGCUUUUCGAUAAAUUAUCACGGUACCAUCCAAGUUCUCAAUUCUCGAAAAUCGAGUGAAGUGUGAUUAGUUUAUGUUUAAGCUAAUGAACUGGAAUUAGAGUAGGGAAUCUUCGUCAACGUGUUGCGGGAUGAUGCUUUAUGUAUGCUCUAUUGAGUUCGGAUUCCAUUCUUGCUGAAGUUAGCUUUUCCAGACUGCUGGAGUUCAUGCGUGCAUUUGAUUAGUUGUUGAACCGGAAAUCUUUCAAGUCCAAAGCAGUUCUUCUUUGCAAGUGCAGAAAUAGUGCGCGGAGAUAUUUGUGGAUAUCUUAUUUGGUCUCCUGAAACUUGGGUUUUUAGUUCAGCGGCAGUAUUCUCGAUUGCUUUUCUGCGGUUCGGUGUUCUACUACUAUUAGCAUAUCGUUGUCGAUGCUUCAAAUUUUACUUCUGGAGCAAUGAUUGUUUCUGCACUCCUGACGUCUGUGGGAAUAAAUUCUGCCUUAUGUUUGUCGUUCCUCGUGCUGUAUUCUAUAUUGAAGAAACAACCUGCUUACUAUGGCGUCUACAUACCGCGUUUGGUGGCUGAAGGAAAAACUAAACAGAGAGAUGAUUUCAAUCUAGAAAGACUAAUACCCUCUCCCAAUUGGGUGAAAAAAGCUUGGAUGCUUUCUGAAGAGGAGCUUUUGUCAUCUUCAGGCUUGGAUGCUGUAGUUUUUAUGCGAAUUGUAACUUUCAGUUUUAAAGUGCUUUUAUUUGCUGGGGUCAUUGGAAUCUUUGUUCUUCUUCCAGUGAACUGCUCAGGAGAUCAACUCGAGGAUGUUGACCUUGUUAAUAUUUCAAAUAACUCCCUGGAUGUAUUUACUAUUUCCAAUGUAAAAGACGGAUCACAUUGGUUAUGGAUCCACUUUUCAGCUGUGUAUCUUAUCACUGCAUAUAUCUGCUGUCUACUUUAUUAUGAAUACAAGUAUAUUUCUUCAAGAAGGAUUGAAUAUUUUUGUUCAUCCAAGCCUCUGUUUCAUCAGUUUACCAUCUUAGUUCGGGCAAUUCCUGCAUCUGCUGGGGGAAGCAUCAGUGACAGUGUUGAGCAUUUCUUCACCGAGUACCACCCUUCAACUUAUCUGUCUCACACAGUUGUCCGUCGAACAAGCAAACUUCGAGGUCUCAUUAAUGAUGCAAAAACAAUGUAUGGAAGACUCGGCCACUUACAAUCGAAUCUCACUCAAAUACAACCUAACCGCGGCAGUUGUUUUGGAUUGUUUAGACGGAAGGAUGACCUUGUUGAUCGAUAUGAAAGAAGGUUAGGAGACAUUGAACAGCGUCUGAGAUUGGAACAAUCGGAGGUUUCAUUGGCUGGAAAAGAAGUUCCAGCUGCUUUUGUAUCCUUCAAGUCACGCUAUGGUGCUGCAAUUGCUAUGCACAUGCAACAGUCGGAUAAUCCCAUUCAUUGGGUGACAGAGCGAGCUCCUGAGCCUCAUGAUGUAUAUUGGCCUUUCUUUUCUUCAACAUUUAUGCAAAGAUGGAUUUCUAAGCUGGGAGUUGCGGUUGCAUGUUUCCUUCUUACUAUACUAUUUUUCAUACCAGUUCUCGUAGUGCAAGGACUGACUAACCUUAACCAGUUGCAAACCCGGUUUCCCUUUCUUAAAGGCUUUCUUACCAUAACAUUCAUUAGUCAAAUCAUAACAGGAUAUCUUCCUAGCCUUAUCCUUCAAUCCUUUCUGAAGAUGGUGCCCCCUGUUAUGGAAUAUCUCUCAUCCAUUCAAGGAUAUAUUUCUUUAAGUGAAAUAAGAAAGAGUGCAUGUUUUAAAGUAUUGUGGUUCACUAUAUGGAAUAUUUUCUUUGCUUCUGUCUUCUCGGGAACAGCUCUGUUUCAACUUUCAAUGGUCUUUGAGCCAAAGACCAUUCCUAGGAGGCUUGCUGUGGCAGUUCCUGCGCAGGCCUCAUUUUUCAUUGCUUAUGUUGUCACAUCGGGAUGGACGAGCUCGCUAUCGGAACUUAUCAACCUCUUCCCUCUUAUUCGUAGUCUUGUUACAAAACCUUUCAGUGGAAAUUCAGAUGAUGAACAAGAAGUUCCAUCCAUUUCUUACCACAGUGACAUUCCGAGAACUCUUUUCUUUGUACUUCUUGGUGUCACAUAUUUCUUCCUAGCUCCACUUAUUUUGCCCUUCCUUCUUGUCCACUUCAGUCUUGAAUACAUAGUUUAUCGCAACCAGUUCAUCAAUGUGUAUGCACCCAAGUAUGAAACUGCGGGGAGGUUUUGGCCUAUUGCGCACAGUUGCAUUAUAUUUUCUUUAGUACUCAUGCAUGCUAUAGCUGUGGGAAUAUUCACACUGAAGAAGCUCCCUCUGGCAUCAAGUUUAUUGGUUCCUCUCCCAAUUUUAACGCUUCUUUUUAAUGAGUACUGUCGGAAACGCUUCCUACCCAAUUUUUCAGCUUACUCUGCAGAAACUUUGAUAAAGAAGGAUAGAAAAGACGAGAAUGAUCCUGCAAUGGCUGAAUUUCUAGACAAUUUGGUCACUGCAUAUAGUGACCCGGCCUUGAUGCCUGUAAGUUUCACUGCAAAUUCCGACAGUCUCAGCCGCCCGCUGAUGUCUCCAGAAGAUUAAAGAACUUUGAUGGAUAAAUCUUUCAGUAAUUGGUGGUGAUGUGUAUUACUAUGUACGUUUAUAGCCAGUUUCCAUAUAAUCAGGUUAGGUAAACUUACCUGCUCUUUAGUUGAUAGAGAAUGUUAUUAAACCUUUGAGUACCACGGAUGUUUUGGAGUUUCUGUAACAUAUCACCAAUUGAAAGAAUAAAAAGCCUAAGUAUUAGAGGCUGGGGUGAAGGUCUGAAACAUAAAGUAGAGUUGAAAAUUGGAAAGAAAUUGAGUUUUUAUUUUAUUUUAUUUUAUUCAUAGUCC